AUGUUAAAAGAGAAACUGCAAGAAAUAAAGGAUUCAAAUACAAAUUUAUAUUAACAUUUGAAUAAUGUAUUAACAAAGAUCUUGCUGGAUAAUCCAAAAGUAUAAAUUAUUGAUGACUUAUUAAGAAUGCUUUUGAAUUAUUUGAAGAUUAUUCAUUUUAAGUAAAAUCAAAUGGAUUUACAUUUGAAAAAUAUAAUGAAUUUGAUAAUGCAAUAAGGACAAAGGUCACAAUGGAUUAGGGUAUUUAAUAAAAGACUUUAAAAUUGGUAAAUAAAAUAAAUCUUGGAACUGAUGAAGAACCAUAAGAAGCAACUUAAACAGGAUAUUUACCAAAUUUAACAGAAGAAGCUUAUUUAUAUGAAUGGGCUGGAGUAGGAAUUGAUGAAAAUUAUAAAAUAUUUAAAGCAUUGACAGUAAUUAAUAAAUCAUUAUAUAAAUGAUAGUUAUUAUCUGUUACAAAACAAGCAUCAAAAUUAAGAUUUUGGGGUAAAAUAAUGGGAAGAGAGAAAGAUUAUUAUAUUGCUGAAGGUGUUGCUACAAGUGCUGUUGAAGAUGGAGAAUUACCACCUGAAGUUGAACCUAGAGGAACUGGAAUCAAUACUAAAUCUUAUUGGGCAACAACUGAUUGUAUUUAUUUAUUAUCUAAUUUAGUAUUAAAUGAUAAAGAUUGGAUUGAAUUACCAUUAGUUACACCUUAAUAAAUUAAUGUUGCUAGAUAAAUUAAAUAUAUUUUUACUGGUAAUCUAGAAGCUGAUGUUAUUACUAAUCCUUAUUUCUUUGGAAAAGAAAAACAUUUAUUAAAAGCAUAAAUUGUUAGAAUCACAUAAUCUACUGUUAUUAUUCCAAAAGGAUAAUACAUUUUAAGAGAAGGUGAACCAAGAGAAAUUGAUCCAGCACCUGAAUAUAAAUUACCAGGAUUUCAUGAUUUAAAAACUUUAAAUGAUUGGAUACAUUUUAAUCAAAAUAUAUUAAAUGUAAAUUCUAUUUUUAUUAUAUUAUUUAAGUGUGGAAGAUUAGUUCAUUUAAUUCCAUCUGAACUACCAGAAGGUGUUGAACCAGAAGCUUAUUAAAAAUAAAUUGAAGCUGCAGAUCCUUUUGAAAAUAGAUUAAAACCUAUUUAAAAUGAUAAAUUACCUAAUAAUAAACCUGCUUGGAAAAUUAGAGUUGUAGGAGAUACAACUGAUUAUAAUCCAUUAGCCAAAGAUAUUAAUAAUAAAGUAAACAAUGGUGUUAUUAUAAUAAAAUCUUUAGUUUGGCCAGGAUUAGUCACAGUUUAUUCUGUAUCAAUAUAUAUUUAAUUAUUUUAGAAUAAAGUAUUAUCAUAAUUAUAUUAUGGUUAUGGAUUUAAAGCAACAACUAAUCAUUUUUAUCCAAAAUAACCAUAAUAAGUNGGUAAAUAAAAUAAAUCUUGGAACUGAUGAAGAACCAUAAGAAGCAACUUAAACAGGAUAUUUACCAAAUUUAACAGAAGAAGCUUAUUUAUAUGAAUGGGCUGGAGUAGGAAUUGAUGAAAAUUAUAAAAUAUUUAAAGCAUUGACAGUAAUUAAUAAAUCAUUAUAUAAAUGAUAGUUAUUAUCUGUUACAAAACAAGCAUCAAAAUUAAGAUUUUGGGGUAAAAUAAUGGGAAGAGAGAAAGAUUAUUAUAUUGCUGAAGGUGUUGCUACAAGUGCUGUUGAAGAUGGAGAAUUACCACCUGAAGUUGAACCUAGAGGAACUGGAAUCAAUACUAAAUCUUAUUGGGCAACAACUGAUUGUAUUUAUUUAUUAUCUAAUUUAGUAUUAAAUGAUAAAGAUUGGAUUGAAUUACCAUUAGUUACACCUUAAUAAAUUAAUGUUGCUAGAUAAAUUAAAUAUAUUUUUACUGGUAAUCUAGAAGCUGAUGUUAUUACUAAUCCUUAUUUCUUUGGAAAAGAAAAACAUUUAUUAAAAGCAUAAAUUGUUAGAAUCACAUAAUCUACUGUUAUUAUUCCAAAAGGAUAAUACAUUUUAAGAGAAGGUGAACCAAGAGAAAUUGAUCCAGCACCUGAAUAUAAAUUACCAGGAUUUCAUGAUUUAAAAACUUUAAAUGAUUGGAUACAUUUUAAUCAAAAUAUAUUAAAUGUAAAUUCUAUUUUUAUUAUAUUAUUUAAGUGUGGAAGAUUAGUUCAUUUAAUUCCAUCUGAACUACCAGAAGGUGUUGAACCAGAAGCUUAUUAAAAAUAAAUUGAAGCUGCAGAUCCUUUUGAAAAUAGAUUAAAACCUAUUUAAAAUGAUAAAUUACCUAAUAAUAAACCUGCUUGGAAAAUUAGAGUUGUAGGAGAUACAACUGAUUAUAAUCCAUUAGCCAAAGAUAUUAAUAAUAAAGUAAACAAUGGUGUUAUUAUAAUAAAAUCUUUAGUUUGGCCAGGAUUAGUCACAGUUUAUUCUGUAUCAAUAUAUAUUUAAUUAUUUUAGAAUAAAGUAUUAUCAUAAUUAUAUUAUGGUUAUGGAUUUAAAGCAACAACUAAUCAUUUUUAUCCAAAAUAACCAUAAUAAGUGUAAACAGAAUAGCCUGAUCUCCCUGAAUAACCAGAACCAAAUUUCCCUGCCGAAGUACCUAAAUAAGAAUAAGAAUGAUCAUUAUUAUUAUUAAAUAUU